UUUAGUUUUAUACCUGACUGCUCUACUCCCAGAAUGCCUUAGUGACGUCGCAAGUUGAAAUUGCUGCUAUCCCUCUAGGGCGAAUUGAGGUGUGGUUCAUUGAUGUGAGUUAGCAAUAAAAACACAAACAUAGGUGCUCAUAAAUAUAAUAACAGAUAGCCACAUUGCCAGCCAUGGCAGCAAUACGUAAGAAGCUUGUGAUUGUUGGUGAUGGUGCAUGUGGUAAAACAUGUCUACUGAUAGUUUUUAGCAAAGACCAGUUUCCUGAAGUUUAUGUGCCAACAGUUUUUGAAAAUUAUGUAGCAGAUAUUGAAGUAGAUAGCAAACAGGUUGAAUUGGCCUUGUGGGAUACAGCUGGACAAGAAGACUAUGACCGUUUGCGACCAUUGUCCUACCCAGAUACUGAUGUGAUUCUAAUGUGCUUUUCAAUAGACAGUCCUGAUAGCUUAGAAAAUAUCCCAGAAAAAUGGACCCCUGAAGUGAGACAUUUUUGUCCCAACGUGCCCAUUAUACUUGUUGGCAACAAGAAGGACCUCCGGCAUGACCAGGUUACCAUCCGAGAGCUCCAUAAAAUGAAACAACAGCCUGUUAAGUUUGAAGAUGGUAAAAGUAUGGCUGAAAACAUCAAUGCAUUUGCUUAUCUUGAAUGCUCUGCCAAGACCAAAGAAGGUGUGAGAGAGGUAUUUGAAACAGCUACCAGAGCAGCAUUACAGGUAGAACUAGCCUUAUGGGACACAGCUGGUCAAGAGGAUUAUGAUAGGCUUCGACCAUUAUCAUAUCCUGAUACUGAUGUUAUUCUAAUGUGCUUCUCUAUAGACAGUCCAGACAGUUUGGAAAAUAUCCCUGAAAAAUGGACCCCUGAGGUUCGUCAUUUUUGCCCAAACGUUCCGAUCAUUCUUGUUGGCAAUAAGAAAGAUCUUCGCAAUGAUGAAAGCACCAAACGAGAAUUGAUGAAAAUGAAACAAGAACCUGUGCGGCCAGAAGAGGGUAGAGCCAUGGCUGAAAAAAUCAAUGCCUACUCAUACCUCGAGUGCUCUGCUAAAACAAAGGAAGGUGUACGUGAAGUGUUUGAAACUGCUACUAGAGCUGCACUCCAAGUUAAAAAGAAGAAAAAGGGUGGAUGUAUUGUAUUGUGAAUGUGUGGAAAUAUUAAUUUUUUUUUUAAUUAUUCAAAUCUGGGGCUCGCGAGAAUGUACUAUGUUUAAAUUAGUCAAUUAAAUAUAUGCAUAAAGUUCUUCUCAAAGUAAAAACAAAACAAAAUGAUGUGUACAAUUGUCAAGGUACAGGUAGCAAUGAGCUGUCUGCUACAAAUUGGUUGGUGUACUAUGUCAAAUCAUAGAAAGUUGUUUUUUUUUUCAUCCUAUUAUAGAACUGUUAGACGAUAUCCUUUUUUUUUCUUUCAGUCGCUGUUCAUUGUUUUGACCAUACAAAUGUGCUUUUAAAUUUGUCCUCUCUAUUUGAUGAUGCUCAUUGUAACCUAACAGCUCACAGCUGCUCCAUGGACAGUAAACCUCAUCACUGGUAUAUUGGAAAGGCUGCAACUUGUCAAAUAAUAGGGGGAAAUAACUGUACCUUAGUUUGCGAGAAAAUGCCUAGGUGUGACUGCGUGGCUGGAUAUUUUAUACUAUAAUUUUAUUAUUAUUAUUUUCUGCAUGCUGACUCGUUUAAUCAUGUGUAACAAACAACAAAAUCAAGUAUGUUCAUUGUAAAUGUAGCCUGAACACCCGGUACUCAGUUCGAUCCUUCAUUGGUUUCAAUCAUUUUGGAUUGUUUUUUUUGUUUUUUAAAGACUAUGAAGUGAUUAAAAAGUGUGUUUGGCAUUAUCUCUUUGGUGACUUCUAUAUUGUUAAAAGGUUUUGUUGCUGUCAACUAUUCUUUGCUGUGUAAGCUAGAAGUAUGUUGAUGUUUAAAAACUCACUCCAUCUCUUUGUCUUUUUCAUGUACUAUGACUUAGUAUGUUUGAAUGUUGUUGUUUUUUUUUUCGUCAGUUCUCUGAUUUACUCAUGAGAUUUGAUAAUUGUUAAUGCUUCUUCGGCCAAUUAACUACGAUAUGUUCAGCAACUGUAGUUACAUGAGUAGUGUGCAGUUGAUAUUCUGUCAGACCUUACCCUGAGUUUUGUAGUAUUUCUAUCGCUUGGUCUUAAGUCUGUCUUGUGUGCUGUUGAAGACUGAGAUGGUUGGACUUGAUCAUUGAUGCAUAUGUUUCAUUAGACAGUCAACAGAGGUUUUGUUUAGUCAGCUGGUUAUCUUCAUGAUACUUCUAUGGUACCAUACUCACAUUUAGAAUGCUUUAAAAAAAAAAAAAACGUCUAUAAAUAAACUAAAACAUUUUAUAAUGUUGAUUUUCUUUUGCUUGUAAUUAUUAUUUUUUUUUUUAAAUUUAAAUUAGGGCAAAGCCAAUUUCUUUUCUUUCAUUAUGAUUGCAUGUAACAGCACUUCAUAAGGUAUUAAUGGCCAUAGUGUGUGCCAUACAAUUCUACAUUAGAAACCACUUAAUGAGAUAUUCAUAAAGCAAAAUGUGUUUAAACUAGUGGUACUUUUAUAAUAUGAAAGGUUUAUUUAUUCAGCUAAUUGUAGAAAAUCUUUACCUUCAAAACUGUCAAAGUGUUGGAUGAAUUGGUCAUUCACUUCUCACUACAUUUUGUAUAAUGUAUUUUUGAAAUCAUUUUUUUUUUUUACAUAUUAGAACUAGCAUUCAUCUUGAGACAAUUCAUUGAUUUAUAAUCUGUAGUAUUUUUUUUUUUUUUUUUUGAAGUAAUUAAAAAAAAAAUAAAAGCCACAAACAUUUAUUCUUGUUCAUAGGUAGAGAUAAAAAAUGUUUCUAUUUUUUCCACCUAGUGUCCAUGAGUUGAGUGCGAAGGUUAUGUUCAUGUUCAGUCACAUUUUUUUUUUUUUUUUAAUUUCAAUUACAUAUUUUCUAGGUUUUUUUUUUUUUUGUGUCCCAGUUUAUUUUUCGCCUUGUGGAACAAGCUAUUUUUGGUUUAGCAUGAGUAUAGCAUGCUAUUCCAUUGAAAAUUAUACUACACUUUUUCAAACAAUUUACCAGUAUCUUAAGCCAAUAAACUAUUUCUUCAUUGA